AUGCAAAAGGCACGUAAAGUUGAUGGUGCUGAGCAUGCACAAUCCCUAGAAGAAAUUUUAAUUAGACGAGUCGAAUUGGAGAGGUAUUCACAUACGGCCGAGAAGCGUCAAUGCCCAAGGAAUGACCGUAAAAGACUUCCUCACCCGUCGCGCCCAUUGAUAUAUCUCGCAGUCCCCCAUUUCAACAAGCUCUGCCUCCUUGUUAGAAAGACUGCAUGGGUUAUCGAGUAUAACAGAACGCCAUCAGUGCUGGGACACGAGCUGCGAAAGGUCUACUGCACUUUGAAUGUUGUGGAACACUGUGCGGUUAGAAUAUCACCAAGUCUGUUUUUUUUAAAUAGGAAAUUAGAGACUUCUGUAUAA